GUCUCUCUACAGAGGGAGCUGCUAGUCUUCUGCCCACCCACUGUUUAUAGCUCUCCUCUGUCAGAAGUUCAGAACUUCCUUCCUUCCAGUGAGAGUAGUCUAUUCAUCCAGAGCACCAGGACUCACCAUGGCAGCUAAUGAUUACCGAGGCUACCUGAGGAACCACGCCGACAUGGAGGGCGCUCAGUCCCGCUACCACCCGUCCCAUGGCUCGAAACCCAAAUAUAGACCGUUUAUAUUCGUUACUCUGGCUGUUAUGGGAUUGCUGCAGAUUGCAUCGAGUGUGGCGAUCUUGUUACACUUGACAGGUUAUCUCCAAGAGGUCGAUCUCUCCUCUGCAAUGCAGCAGCCAAUGGAGGAAGUGCAGACGGAACCCAUCAUGUUCGACGCCCUGAAGGACCCGAGGAAAGGCAGACAACGCUGCAAGAACCAGGGGAGGGAGGGGCUUCCAUCAGCUCAUCUACCAAUCAGAGCAACUAUAGACUAUGUGAAGAAAGGGGAGCUGAGAGCAGCUAUGAUUCAUUGGGACGAGGCGCAGGGCCACCUGAAGAAGAUGCGUUACCAUGACGGCCGUCUCCUGGUGGAUGAGCCAGGCCUGUACUCUGUCUACGCCAAGACCUGUUUCCGCUACUAUGACCUGGGACCUGAGACAAAGCCUGGCGAUGCCACGCCCCAGGCCGUGGACGUGAACAACGCCCAGCUCAUCCAGUACAUCUCCCACGAGAAACACACGUCCCUGCCCAGCAAGUCUGUGGUGCUGAUGAAGACAGGAAGCACCAUGCGCUGGAAUAACUCCCAGUAUAACAUGUACUGUGCCCAGCAGGGCAGGGGGGUAAUGCUACAGCAAGGGGAUGGACUGUUUGUUAAUGUGUCCAAUGCCUGGAUGCUGGAUCCUGAACCAGAGGGGACGUACUUUGGGGCGAUCAAGAUAGGGAACUGAAACCGCGUACAGAGGAGGAGGAGGAUGUGCUACUGAACGUUCUAUAGACGUAACUGCCAAAGAACCACUGAGAGAGAGACAGAGCACUUGUUGUAUGUAACAUUACUGAAUUUGUAUUAGAUUUGUUUUAGUUUUUUAUUGAAAGGAAUGGGCUAUGUUGCUCUUCACCGGAUAGAGAAUUAGGAUAUGCAGUCAUUUAAGUGAGGUGAUAUGGAUACCUCCGUUCACUCACGAGACCUCAACAAAACCCAUAUGCCGUUCACACAUAGACUUAACCUGUUCCUUAUGGUCCAAAACUGCACAGAUUGCUUUUUAGUUAAACAUUUUAUAAAGUUGAUAGUUAUCAACCAUUUUAGAUUGUUGAUAUUUCUCAUUCCAGGGGUGCACUUUUGAAAAAUGUUGUUAGGAUGUGUUUUUAAAGUAUAGCAGUGUGAAUCCUAUCUUCUGUUUAUCAGCUGACACAAAGUCAUUCCUCAUCGCUAGUCUGGCCCCUCGUAGUUUACAAAACAUUGUCAUCGUCUUGAACAGAAGCACAGCUGGGGUAUUUUGUUUAUAACUGAGGAGAGUUUCCGCCAGUGAACUCUUUGGUACACUCUUAGAAAAAAGGCUUCCAAAAGGGUUCUUCGUCUGUCCCCAUAGGAGAACACUUUUUGGUUCCAGGUAGAACCCUUUUUGGUUCCAGGUAAGGUUUCUACAUGGAACUCAAAAGGGUUCUACCUAAAACCAACAAGGUUCUACCUUGAAUCAAAAGGGGUUCUUCAAUGGGGACAGCCGAAGAACCCUUUAAGGUUGUAGAUAGCACCUGCGAUGCAGUGCCUUAGACCACAGCAGCACCUUUUUUUUCUAAGAGUGUACCAUAAGUGUAGUGUAGCCAUUAGCCAAUGAUGCUCCUCUGUCUCUCUUGGGUAAGGAUGAACUCAAGUUUAGAGGGUGAGGAGGAGGUUAUUCAGUAGUAAACACAGUAUUACUGUCCAUUCAGGCCCAGGCAACAUUUACCAUUACAUAGACAUUAUUUAAGGGAAUAACAACAGCUGUGUAAGAACAAUGAUAAAUACUGUAUCAAUCACUAUUGAUUUUAGUUUUCCAAGGAAAUACAGAAAAGUGAGUAUAGAAGUACUCCAUAACUGCAUGUACUUAGUUUAACCAGGAGAGACCUGCUGCAAUCAUCCCAUUAACUGAGGGGAACAUGGUUGUGGUUUCGUCAAAAGUCUUUUUUCUUAUUUUGAUUAGUUUUCCCCCAAAUUACACAGUAUUGAACACUUUUGUCCAGUUUUUGGUGGUUUAUACAAGUAAUGAUUAUCAAAACACACAAACAACUUAUGUAAAGAUGCAUACUGAAGAUAGCUGGCCUGUCUUACCGUAGGGGAGGAGCGCAGAGAUUCCUGUCUUUAUGAAACUAGCGGAUCCAAAUUGACUUUGGUCCACCUUUUAACUUAUAGUUCCUUUUUUCAUUUGACUCUUUGAGGUAAAUGAGAAUAUGCACUAAAUGUAUUUAUUUAUUAGCUAUAACAAUGCAGAUAGGGACCAUUGCUUAAAUGACCUGUCUGCUGUAAAAUCUUGUCUAUUUGAUGUCUGUAUUACAGUAGGAAGUACUUAGUUUAUUAGUAGAUGCGCUUUUAUUGUCCAAACACAGGGGCUCAAUGUUAAAUUCUGUAUUUGUAUUUUUUUAUUACGACAAUUCUGUGUGCACUUGCCUAGCCGAAGCAGAAUAUACUGUCCAUCAUAAGACCGUAGCAAACUUAAGUUUAAAAAUCUUGUACAUUCUUUUUUUAUUUGAUGUUUAUUUAUGUCAAUUUAACUAAUAAAAUCAUUACUUUUAUA